AUGAAUGCCAACCACCCGCCAGAGCUCCGCACUGGGCUGCAAAUGAGCACAACCGGACCAGACGUACCUCCUAGUCCUGAGUCUUGUUGCUUCACUACCGCACCAGUUGGCUUGCCAGAUUUCGGUGAGGGUGUCUCGACCGUGCCUUCAUCGAGCAAGGCAUACCAGGAUGCUCUGCAGAACCUGUCGGCCAGCCAUCCUCCCUGGCUUGACAAAGCCGCUCCUCUGUCUUACUUUACGCCCGGGCUUGUUGGGUCCCGUGAAGGCUCUCCGAGAAGCUUCCUGUCACAUCCACCGGUACAGAAGCCUCUACCAGUCGUUCCGGAAACAAGACGGAAACCUGAUCCAGAAGCUGGUCAUUCUGGUGGUGGAAUUCAAGGCAGGAUAUGCAUCGAUCCCCGAAUGCAUCCGACGAAGGCCCACGCGAAACUUCAUCAUCCAGGAUUGCUGAAAGGAGCCGAUUUUUGUGAUGCCGGGGUUGAAUGCGCUCCUAUCGAGCCAAUCGAGUCACCUGAAAAAGACAAACGCUUGUUUCCGUUCGGCGAUUUCUUUGAUGAUUCUUCAGACGAAGAAGGCCCCGUCGUCGGCUACCGCUUCCGCAGACUCACUGGUGGUGACAUUUGCAGAGAAAGAGUAGACGUCUCCAACCACAAACACUCUGGUCACAGCUCAGCCCUCAAAGUACGGCCUGCUCUGGGUGUCACGGCAUUCAAUCUUUCCGAUCACGAACAACGUCAGCCGUAUCAUGGGGUGUCAAAGGUCCGCACACUAGCUGAUAUUCCCCCCAUCAAACUUCUUAAUCCGCCACUGGAAAUACCGUUGCGGGACAGCAGCUUGGCAGACCCUGGCCAAGUUUGUGAUGACCUCGCACCCGAGCAGACAGAAGCCCGUUCCGAUUCAUCCCGGCCCUCCAGCGAAUAUUCAUCGCGCUCUAGUUCCCGGCAUAUAGGCGAUAUGUUGCUCUAUGGGGAAGGGCCGCCAUUCCAUCAACGUGCAGAUUCCGCCCAGUCCAUGAUCUCGGACGGGACUGUAUUCAGUCCAUUUGAAUCGGGUCAACCUGCUGUAGGAGAAAUCUUUCAUCAAGACCGCAGUCCUAUCCUGGACGAGACAGCUGUGCUGAGCGAUGCUGAACCGGCUAACGCACCUGAAGAGACGUUGUGGGCCAACGGCAGGUCAUUCAGUCAGAAUGAGGAUCCGAUACUACGUCCAUUAGAGUGUGGGUUUCCCACUGUCCAUCCAUGCUCUUGUGUUGUGCCGAAGGUCCAGCCGUCUACUGAAGAUCUUCUGGGUGUUGGGCUCCGUCCCUUGGAAUCAACGUCUGAGGUAGCCAGGGGCUCGGAUGUAGAGUUGUCAACUGCAAGCAAGAAGGUUGGCGAGCUCCAUAUUCGUCAUGAUACUGGGCAUUCUACUAACACCUCUCAGGCAUCUUCUGUUGAUCCUCGCCGUGCGACUACGACCACCGUUUCGUCAAACUCGGGGGAUGGUCCUCGCUCAACCGGAAUAACAACCCCAAGAAAUUUGGACCUCAGUCGUCUGGCCUCGUUCUUCCGUGACCUCACCAAGCCGUAUGAGACGUACCAGUCCAAGUUGACUGAAUUACCCGCAAGGGAAAAUACGGUAGAGUCUGUUGCGGGCAAUCAGCCAACGUCUCCCGUCUCGGGAAGGAUCAGGAACCUCACUGGUAAUUCCACCGCGUCAACAUCCUUGGAUACGCGGUUCAAGCGCACUGUGUGCAACAUGGAACAACUGCUCAACAAAGCCAUGGAUUUGGCAAAUCAAGCUGUUGACCAAGAUGACCACCAAUGUCUCGAUAUGCUUGGAACAGUGGACCAUGAAGCAGACUCUCACAACUCUCCACCAAGUGUGCACGAGAGCCUACCUAGCGUCUACGAGUCGAGUGACGAUGAACAGCCGCCUCCUCCUCCUCCUCCUCCUCCUCCUCCUGUUCACAAAAGAACGAUCGAGAAGGUUGCUACGCCACGUUCUUCGAUCAAGCAGCCUCCUCAUGUCCCCAAACAUCAUAGGUCAGCUCCUGGUAUGCGCAGUAGGAACGUCAGAAUCGAGAUUCCCAAGAGGGUCACGAGCCUCAGGAAGCUUAACGCUGGUAUGGUGCAUGCCCCACUAUCAGACCUUCAACGGAGUCGAUUUCAGGAGUUGUCGCCCCCAGUGAGCCCGCUCACGCACGCCCCUUCCAGACCAGACGAUCACGGCCAGACAGAUUCUCUAUCUGAACAAGGCUGCAUUUUGAUGAGUAGAGGGUCCAAGAAGGUCAAGAAGUGUCGCAGUUGCCGCCGUCUUCCUUUGCUCAACCAUCGCUUCAGCUUCUUGUGUGCAAAGGAAGAGGAUGUUCCUCUUAAGGAUACUCGUUCAAGACCUGAUGCCAAGCUGCGACCCGCCGGAAAGUCAAUUUCGGGAAAGAUACGAAAAUCAAACUCUUGGAGCUUCGAUGGUGCUGUUGACCAUCGUCCUGAUGAUUCAAUGGAGGACAGUCUGCUCCAUGAGACGGAUGGAGCUGGGCCGUCGGCCGAGAGAUCAUAUCCGGUCAAAGAUGAUCACUUUGAGCAAGAUGAUCCUCACCCCGAGAAUGGUACCGACAGCAGACGCAUCAACCUUCGUGGCAAGGCACACGUCAGUCUCAGAGGCUAUCAGGGCUUCAGCCUCGCUCGUGCAUAUCGACGCCAUCCCAUUGCUCGCGACUGGUCUACGGUCCGGAAACGUUUUGUGGCGACGGUUGCAUGCCUGAGUACGGCUGUCAUUGGUGUUCUUAUCGGCAUCUAUGCUGGUAUGGUGCCUUCGAUACAGUACAUGAUUGCUGACCUGCAACACUACGCCAUUCUCGGCAAUGUUUUCUUCUACAUUGGUCUCGCCAUCCCCAGCUUCUUCUUCUGGCCGUUACCUCUUCUUCAUGGCCGGAAGCCCUACAUCCUGUCGAGUUUGGUCUUGGCUAUGCCUCUCCUCUUUCCCCAAGCCAUCACGGUUAGCCAGCCUCGGUCACCCUAUGUCAGCACCUGGAGAUGGGCUCUGUUGAGUUCUCGUGCCUUCAUGGGCCUUACCCUGGGCUUUGCUAGCAUGAACUUUCACUCCGUAUUGACUGAUCUGUUUGGGGCUUCGUUGAUGAGCGGCAACCCGCACCAAGAGAUUGUUGACAAGCAUGACGUGCGAAGACACGGAGGAGGUAUGGGUGCUUGGUUGGGGCUCUGGACAUGGUGCUACACUGGCUCUCUUGGAAUUGGGUUCUUGCUUGGGGCCGUCAUCAUUGACAGCGCAAACCCAUCAUGGGGAUUCUACGUCAGCAUCAUCCUCAUCAUGUUCAUCCUUCUUUUGAAUGUUGUCUGUCCCGAAGUCCGACGCUCCCCGUUCAGGAGAUCCGUGGCUGAGGUCAGAAACGGCAACCGGGUUUCGAGAAGGGUGGCCCGAGGGGAGGUCAUGAUGCAUCGUGUCAAGGAUGGUCCUACAUGGUGGGGGCAAGAGGUGUACCAUGGCAUCUUGUUGUCGCUGGAGAUGCUUCGGCAGCCUGGCUUUCUCAUCAUUGCGCUCUACACGGGAUGGAUCUACGCCCAGGUCGUCCUAAUCAUUGUUCUCCUGGGUGCCUUGACGUCGAGGUCAUACCAGUUGAGGUCACCGUUUGUUGGUCUCUGUGUCGCUUUCAUUUCGUUCGGUGCUUUGGUGGCCAUCCCGUUCCAAAAGGCGAACUUAUUUUCUCGGGGUCGCCACCACCAGCAACAGUCAAAUGAGGAUACAUUCGACAAGAAGUUCUCAUGGACGUCUCACCUGCUGAGGCGGACAAUUGUUUGCUUGGUGUUGCCUCUUGUGGGAGUCGCCUACACAUUUGCCUCGACCGGCCCUCCGGUUCCUCUUGAAAUCCCUACACUAUUCGCUACGAUGAUUGGUUUGCUCUCGGGUCUCGCCAUCUCAGAAUGCAACGGCUUGAUCAUGGAGACAUUUGACACUUCGGAUCUUCACCCGGGAAUGACUGGCCGGCCGCGUGGUGCCUCCAACAAGUCAUCCAAACGCACCAACUACUCGUCUUUUCCCUGCGUCACAGCCGGGUUUGCAGUUUGCCACACGAUUGGGUUUGUCCUGGCAGCUGUGGCUACGGCAGUGGGAGGUAAUCUGCAGCGAAACCUCGGUCAGCAAGCUGCAACUGGUGUCGUUGCCGGUAUUCUGUUAAUCCUGACGCUCCUUCUCCUCGCGGUUCUCAUUCGCUUCAAAGAUGUGCAAAUCAUUCCCGUUUCCAAGAAUCUCGAGAUGGAAAAGUGGGAGAAGUACCGCAGAGAGAGCAUCCGCCGUCGCUCUGAAGUGUCCGCACCUGCCACACAAAACACCAUGACCGACGCAGAGAUGUGGCGGCCUCUUCUCAUGGGCAAUCCCUCUAGCCGCAUGCGCCGUGUCAACAUUCUUGAGCUGGGGUCCAUGAGUCGGUGGACAGAGAUUCGCAAGAAGAACCGUCUGAUUGAUGAGACGUCAGCUCAUCUCAACCGUGCUGCUCUCGAGUCGGCAGCUACGGCCCUUGAGGAGACAACCACUGAUCUUGUCCGUCGUGUCAGCAGCCGGAGGAACAACCGGAGCCCUCCGCCACGGAGGUUUUUCACUGGCAGCCCUGGCCCUUCGGGGGUAGCGAGAAGUGAGAGUCCCAUACAGCGGGCUGUGAUGACGCCAAAGGCUAUGGAGCUUGAUUCCUUUAUUGUGGUCAGACAACCACCUGUUGCUGCUACUGCUGUUCCGGCGAGUCCAUCGCCACUUCCGGGCCAUUCCAAGACGAGAGGCGCCGGUGAUGACUUUAUGGAGCGGGAGUGUGUCAUGGGGCAGACGGUGAAGGAGGAAGAAAAUGAGAAUGGGGAUGGGGCGCUGUUUGAGUCGAGUGAUUUUUUGAGUUCGUCGGAUGACCAGAAGGAUGUUGUUGGGCGUGGUCGUGCGGAGAUCAAGGACAAGUUUGAUGAUGCGGGACAUCAAGGUCAUGGUCAUCAGAGUCAUUUUCAGGAGGAGGAGAGCGAGGGGAGGAGGAAUGGGAAUGAGAUUCAAAGGAAGUGA